UUCAAAUUUGUGGUCUUACCGAGAUUUUUCGAUGCGUCCCCUAUUUCUCGUUGUCAUAUUCAUUGGUUUUGGACUAGGGGCUCCUCCAUCCAUCGAGAACUAUGUAGUAAAUGGAUCAGAUGCACUCGCUGCGGAAUUUCCUUACAUGGUUUCCCUGAGAACCCGAUCAGGAUCACACACAUGUGGUGCCACUAUUAUUGACUCCCGAUGGCUCCUCACAGCUGCCCACUGCUUCCUGACGCGUAAUCCCGAUGACUACACUGUCCAGUACGGAACUCAUGUGAUCUCCAAGGAUGGUGACUCGAUCAUGAAGAUCCGUCGGAUUAUCUGUCACGAAGGCUAUGAUGACAACAACCAGUUCAUCCACGAUAUUGCUCUCAUUGAGCUGGAACAGCCACUUGAAUUCGAUGCUUUUGUAGAAGCUGUACGACUCCCCCAAGCCUUUUCCUACACUCAUGGUGGACUCGAGGCUCAGCUGGUGGGAUGGGGUAUGAAUGCGACGGUCGGUGGAGUCAUACAAACCCAUUUGCAGAAGGUGGACUUAGAGACGAUGACCGAUGACGAAUGCAGAAAGCUCCACUUUGACAAGAUUCACACCACAAAUAUCUGUGCAGGCGUAAAAGGGGGUGGCAAAGGCCAGUGUACCGGUGAUUCUGGCGGUCCUCUCCUCCUCAAUGGCAUUCAAGUCGGAAUUGUGUCCUGGAGCGUUAAGCCAUGCACCAUUGCGCCCUAUCCGGGAGUUUUCACUGAAGUUGCUUACUACAUUGACUGGAUACGUCAGCAUAGUUGUCUAACGUUGGACGGAAAUUAGCUCAUGAUACUCUCAACAAGAUGCUUUGCCAUCGAAUCAAAGACUCAAUUAGUUUUCAGAACUCACCUCCCUCAAUUGCUGCUCACACCAAAUCCAAAUAGAAUUAGAUCGAGAUGUGUUUGUAUGACGAUGAAGAAGAGAACAAAAAAAAAAACAAAACGAGAAAA